AGGCCAUUUGGGAACAAACACCUGUGUUUAGAACUCGCUGUUGACACAACAAUCUGAGUUAUGUGGUGAUUUCUUAAAGGAUAAAUAGAUGUGCCACUUCCCAGAUUUCACAGAAGCCACCUAACUCGAAGCAGGCUGCCAUGACCAGCCAGUCUCAGGGGAUCCACCAGCUCCUUCAGGCAGAAAAAAGGGCCAAGGACAAGCUAGAGGAAGCCAAGAAGAGGAAAGAGAAGCGAUUGAAGCAAGCUAAGGAGGAAGCCGUGGCAGAAAUUAACCAGUACAGAAUGCAGAGAGAUAAGGAGUUUCGACUGAAACAAUCUAAGGUAAUGGGGUCUCAAAGUAAUCUCUCAGAGGAAGUAGACGAGCGAACACUCGGGAAGAUAAAAGAAUUGAAUGGAAGCUACAACAAGUACAUGGAAGUCGUGCUAAAACAGCUUUUGAACAUGGUUUGCGACGUGAAGCCGGGAAUCCACGUAAACUACAGAGCUACCCACUAAACGUGCACCCUACUGCUCAAUAAAUGCUGUCAAGUUGAACUGGGAUAAUUCUCCUCAGAAUGGAUACUGUAUUCCUAAAUUUAAAGAGAACAAGAUUAUUGGAAGGAAAGUAUGAUAAAAUAAAGCUAAGAAUCUAAGCACAGAGGCCAUUAAAAAUGUAAUGAUUCUGGGGCACCUGGAUGACUCAGUCAGUUAAGCAUCCGAUUCUUGGUUUUGACUCAGGUCAUGAUCUCACAGUUCAUGAGUUUGAGCCUUAUGUCAGCUCUGGCUGCCAGUGUGAAGCCUGGUUGGGAUUCUCUCCCUCCCUC